AUGUCUGACUGCAGAAGACAGUGGAACCGGGAGGAUGAGCUGCCGGUCUACCUGGCGGGGCCGAUCAACACCGGGCCCAACAAGAGAAAGAGCUUCGGCAUGUUCAGUUCUGUGGAAGGAGCGUUUGAUAGCAAGACUAUAGACUUCGAUAACUACGCGGUGGGGAGGAAAGGGAGCCGCACCCCGAGAAGUGGGAGUCGGGAGAGGCUCUUAGAUGCCGGGGACCCCAUCGGGAAGACGCACAGCGAGACCCGGGAAGGGUCACAGAGCAACUCGCCCGGGGAGAAAGACGAGGGAUGCCCUGGUGUAGAAGUCAGAUUUUCAUCUGGGAGUGAAAGCCCAAAUGGGAAGAGUGAAAGGCUGUUGAUCAAAGGAGGGCGGGUGGUCAACGACGACCAGUCUGUCUAUGCAGAUGUCUACAUUGAAGAUGGGCUCAUUAAGCAGGUGGGGGAGAAUCUGGUUGUGCCAGGGGGUGUCAAGGUGAUCGAGGCUAAUGGCCUAAUGGUGAUACCAGGGGGGAUAGAUGUCAACACCUGUCUGAUGAAGCCUUACUUGGGCACACAACCGGUAGAUGAUUUCCUCCAGGGCACCAAGGCUGCACUUGCUGGCGGCACCACCAUGAUCAUUGACCACGUUACCCCCCUGCCUGGGGACAGUCUACUGGAGACAUUUGAGUACUGGCAGGAAGCUGCAGAUAAGAAGGCAUGCUGUGAUUACUCCCUACAUGUGGACAUCCCCCAGUGGAACGAGACCGUAAAAGACGAGCUGGAGCUGCUGGUGCAUGACAAAGGUAUCAACUCCUUCCAAGUGUACAUGGCUUACAAGGAUACAUACCAGAUGUCAGACUCUCAGCUAUAUGAAGCUUUCUCCUUCCUGAAGGAGCUGGGUGCUGUGGUCUUAGUUCACGCUGAGAAUGGAGACCUGAUUGCUCAGGAACAGAGAAAAAUCCUGGAAAUGGGAAUCACCGGACCCGAAGGCCAUCCUCUGAGUCGUCCUGAAGAGCUGGAGGCUGAGGCUGUAUUCCGCGCCAUCACUCUUGGCAAUCGUGUGAACUGCCCUGUCUACAUCACAAAAGUGAUGAGUAAGAGUGCAGCCGACACUAUCACCCAAGCCCGUAGGAAAGGUUCUGUAGUCUUUGGAGAGCCAAUCACAGCCUGUCUGGCCACUGACGGUUCUCACUACUGGAGCAAGAACUGGGCAAAAGCGGCUGCUUAUGUCACCUCUCCACCUUUGAGUCCUGACCCCACAACCCCAGACCACCUCCACACACUGCUGGCCUGUGGGGACCUCCAGGUGGUGGGCAGUGCUCACUGCACAUACAGCACCUCCCAGAAAGCAGUCGGUAAAGAUGACUUCACCCUUAUCCCUGAGGGGACCAACGGAGUGGAGGAGAGAAUGGGUUUUGUCUGGGACAAGGCCGUGGCCAUGGGGAAGAUGGAUGAAAACCAGUUUGUGGCAGUCACAUCUACCAAUGCUGCGAAAAUCUUUAAUCUGUACCCGCGCAAAGGCCGGAUAGCGGUGGGCUCUGAUGCUGACAUCGUCAUCUGGGACCCUGACAGCGUGAAAACCAUCAGCGCAAAACUUCAACAGUCGGCUUCGGAAUAUAACAUCUUUGAAGGUAUGGAGUGUCGUGGGGGUCCAGCGUUGGUGUUGAGUCAAGGUCGAGUUGUUUAUGAGGAAGGCAAGCUGCAGGUUCAGCAGGGCACUGGACGGUUUAUUCCCCGAAAGCACUUCCCAGACCUUCCUUAUCAGCGUGUUAAGUUCAGGAACCAGGUGAGGAACCAACAGGGUGACCGUGGGAUGUAUGAUGGCCCUGUGUAUGAUGUUGUUCCAACCCCUAAAUAUAUCACUCCUGCUCCAUCAGCCAAAACUUCACCCACCUCUCACCAACCACAACCAGUACGCAAUCUUCAUCACUCCAACUUCAGCCUGUCAGGGGCACAGAUUGAUGACAGCAUCCCUCGUCGGUCUGGUCACCGUAUUGUAGCACCCCCUGGUGGCCGCUCCAACAUCACCAGCCUUGGUUAAAGCACUUGAUUGUGCACAAAGUGUGUGUGUUUGUUGUGGGGUUUCACCUCUUGAGUGUGUGUGAGUGUAUGAGUAGGACUGAGGGUGUGAGCACACUAACAUGAAUUACAUUUUUUUUUAAUUUGUAUUGGUACAAUGAUGAAAUGCUCUUUUUAGACCAUUAUGAUUUUCAUCAGUUUGCCUUGAGUCAGAAGCACAUUGACACUUCCUAACAAAGAAGAGUGUGAAAUACAAUCAACUGAGUCAUUCAGAAUUAUAACAAACUCACAAUCGGGGCACUCACACACACACACACACACACACACACACACACACACACACACACACACACACACACACACACACACACACACACACACACACACACACACACAGAGUUUUGGUGUUGGACCCCCUUCAAGCACCCAAAAGUGAUCCCAGUGUUAUGUCCUAAUGUUAACUACUUUUCUGAGAGCAUGACUUCCUCCUUACUCCUCCCCCUCUCCUCCUAUGUCUUACUGGGUUGGUCUACUCAGACUUGGUGCUCCUUCUUCCCAGCUGAGGAAAACUAUUUUUGAACAUCUUGGCAAUAUUUGUUUCAGUGUGGCUCAAGUUAAACAUACUGCAUGGACAAAUCUUUCAAUGUUGCACUACUUGUGGAUUAUUGUUACAAUAGAGGAUCACUUUAAAUUGUAUUCAUGGCACAUUUGUAUUCAGCUGCACAAACAUACCAUAAACUGGUAAGAAUAUGCUUUAAGCACACAACGAUUCUCACUGUGGAUAGAACCAGCUGUUACUAUGUUCAAAACAAAUUUAUACAUUUUAACUGUGAACUCCAAUAAAAGCAAUGCAACUUCCGCUCCACCACCAGAAAUUUUAUGCAAAUAUGUCUGUACUCUCCUAUAAAGUGUGAAAGUAGAUGAGCAGUUGAAACAAACACAAACACAGCUGUGGAGGGCAGAUUACAUUUCUAGAUCGUUGUACCUACAUGAUAGAGUGUCGCAGUAAGACUCAACAAUGUGUGUGAUACUUUUUUUGCCAAUCACCCAAACAAGAAAUAUAUCUUUAUUGUAAAGAUGUAUGCAACUCACUGCUGUAAAAGGGCUUCAGCUCCCUCCCCUGCUCUUUGAACCUUUUUAUUUUCGUUUUAUUGACUCUGGAUGUUUACUUGGUACAUUUAAUGUUUCCAUGCAGCGCUGUUUUGUUGCUGUUGUCUGGUGACUCCAAUGAAACCACUAAUGAUCAAUAAAGACUUGACUGUUGUCAAAAAUUA